AUGGCCGCAGCUGAGGAUCCCAAGCCCUCCACAGUCCCUUCAGUUCUCUCUCCACCUGUCCCCCGGGCUCCCCCAGCAGCUGCAGGAAAAGGGACUCAUGGCCAGGAGGUGUCCACUCUCCCUUCUGCUGCUGCUAUUGCUGAUGUUCCAAGGUCCCAGGAGACUUACCUCACAACAGUGGUAGUGCUGACAUUCCUUCUGGCGUCUGUGGUGUUGGUGAUGGUCUAUGGCUGUUGGAAGAAGCAGCACAUGGGAAGCUAUAGCUUGGGCAGCGACUUUGCUAAACCCUGGAUACAUCUUCCUGAAGGUCCAGAGUCACUGUGGAAGCCUGCUUGGUCUAAGAUAACUCAGUGAUCUGGAGAGCUGAUGCCAAUGGACUCAGAGGCCAGAGAGGACCGAAGCCCAGACAAUGGCCCUGGGGCAGGAGCACAGUACAGCUGCCUUCCUUUCACCCAGGGCCACCAUGUCCUUCCUCAGCUUCUCUCUGUUCCCUGCAGACGUCUCCAUAUGUCUGGAGACAAGAGCCAGACUCAUGAGCCCUCGGGCAGCCGGUGUCUGUAGAAUCCUGUUCUGGAUGAGAAGGGACAGACACAAAGACCUGGGAUCACAGAGGAACUGGUACCAGGAGGUCCCAGAGCUGACCAGGACCCUGUGUCUUCUGAUGUGUCCUGACUGUGGCUGCUGGUCCCCUCUGUCCUGGAAGCAUGAAGUUUACAGAUGUCA